GUCGCGGCAUUUGUCGCCAGUCGACGUCGAGACGCGAACAUUGGUGGAUUGAAAAGUGUUUCAGUGCGAAUUUAAUUGAGUGUGGACAGUGUCUCGUACAAGAUACGAGAUGGAUGUGUUUGGGUUUAUCCUUAUCUUACUUGGGAUUAUCACUCAGCACCAUUGUGGAGCAGAAUACUACGAGAAUGAUUACUACUCAGAAUACGAAUGCAAUUAUCCAUUGCUUGAGCAUGCUGCUCUAUCAGCAACAUCAGCUCUGAGGGAACGUGGUCCCAAUAAUGCUCGUCUCGACGGUCAAUCUGCAUGGACACCUGUAGAAAAUACUUACUAUCACUUUCUCACAUUUGAUUUGGGUGAGAGGCGACUAAUCCGUCGAGUAGCUACAGCUGGAAGAAGAAGGACACAUGAAUAUGUUACAGAGUUUGUGGUACAAUUUUCGGAUGAUGGGGAAAAUUGGCGAUCCUACGUCAAUCCGAAUGGGGAGGCACAGCUGUUCAAAGGAAAUACUGACGGUGACAGUAUUCGUCACAAUGUCUUCGAAGUUCCCAUUAUUGCACAAUGGGUCAGAAUCAAUCCUACAAGAUGGAGAGAUAGAAUCUCAUUGAGAGCUGAACUCUACGGUUGUGAUUACUAUCCAGAAACUCUGUCUUUCAAUGGAUCCAGCUUGGUAAAAUUGGAUCUUAUGAGAGAUCCAAUUGUCAGCUAUCGUGAAUCUAUUAGAUUCCGUUUUAAGACAUCAAAUCCCAUUGGUAUCCUAUUGUACUCGAGGGGUACUCAAGGGGAUUACUUGGCUGUUCAAAUUAGAGACAAUCGCAUGAUUUUGAACAUUAAUCUGGGCUCAGGGCUAAUGACAACACUCUCAGUAGGCAGUUUGCUAGAUGACAAUGUCUGGCAUGAUGCUGUUAUCUCCAGGAAUCGCAGGGAUAUCGUCUUUUCUGUAGAUCGUGUCAUGACAGAGGCCAAGAUUAAAGGAGACUUUACGAGAUUGGACUUGAAUCGAGGGUUGUACAUUGGAGGAGUUCCGUACCAUCAGGAAGGUAUGGUUGUCCAUCAGAAUUAUACGGGUUGCAUUGAGAAUCUCUAUUUGAAUGCCAGUAACUUCAUUCGAGAGCUCAAGGAAGCCAUUCACUAUGGUGAAGCUCUGAGAUUUGAUAAGAUUCACACGAUGUACACAUGUCCAGAGCCUCCAAUAAUGCCCGUGACUUUCCUCACGCGGGCUUCCUAUGCCAAAAUGCGCGGGUAUGAGGGUAUGAAGCAACUCAAUGUAUCGUUUUGGUUCAGGACAUUUGAGGAGAAGGGACUUUUGCUGUAUCAUGAGUUCAAUUCUAAGGGAUUUGUGAAGUUGUAUUUGGAGGAAGGUGUGGUUAAGGUGGACUUGAAGACUGAUGAUUAUCCGGCAAUUACACUGCGUCCACACAAUCAGAUGUUCAAUGAUGGCAGGUGGCAUUCACUUGUACUGACACUGUCGCAGAAUAAGAUGGUGUUGGAUAUAAAUCGAAGGCCAGCAGAUACGGAGAGAUUGAUGUCAAUCCUUACGGGAGGGGUUUACUAUAUUGGUGGGGGGAAGACGAGAGAUGGAUUUAUUGGGUGCAUGAGGAUGAUAUCAGUCGAUGGGAAUUAUAGAUUGCCGACAGAUUGGAAGGAUGAAGAUUAUUGUUGCAAGAAUGAGGUUAUAUUCAAUGCCUGUCAAAUGACAGAUCGCUGCAAUCCCAAUCCGUGCAAACAUGAUGGGAUUUGCCGGCAGAAUUCGAUGGAAUUCUUCUGCGAUUGUCAGAAUACGGGAUAUGCAGGAGCUGUAUGUCAUACUUCUCUGAAUCCACUGAGUUGUGUGGCGUACAAGAAUGUCCAGUCGGUGCAUCAGAGAGCAAAUAUCAAUAUUGAUGUUGAUGGGAGUGGACCGCUGAAGCCAUUCCCGGUCACUUGUGAAUUCUAUGCCGAUGGACGGGUUAUCACGGUGUUGAGUCACAGUCAGGAACAUUCGACAACUGUUGAUGGAUUCCAGGAACCCGGAAGCUAUCGGCAGGAUAUCAUUUACGAGGCUGAGCUUCCGGAAAUUAUGGCUCUGCUCAAUAGAUCUCAUACGUGUUGGCAGAGACUCAGCUAUGCCUGCAGAUCUUCCCGGCUGAUGAAUUCCCCGUCGGAUGAGCUAAAUUUCCAUCCGUAUGCUUGGUGGGUGUCCAGGAACAAUCAGCGAAUGAAUUACUGGGCUGGCGGAGUUCCAGGAUCCAGGAGGUGCGAAUGUGGUGUCUGGGGAACGUGCUAUGAUCCAACAAAGUGGUGCAAUUGUGAUUCAAAUUACUACAAUUGGUUGGAGGACAGUGGAGAAUUGCGAGAGAAGGAACAUCUUCCAGUCAAGGCUGUUCAGUUUGGUGACACAGGAACACCACUAGAUGAGAAAUUCGGACGAUACACCUUGGGACCAUUGAUGUGCGAAGGUGAUGAUCUCUUCAAUAAUGUUGUCACCUUCCGGAUUACAGAUGCCACAAUCAAUCUGCCCAGAUUCGAUAUGGGACAUUCCGGAGAUAUUUAUCUGGAAUUCCGGACAACAAUUGAAAAUGCUGUUCUAUUCCAUGCCAAAGGUCCUACGGAUUACAUCAAACUCAGCAUAAUUGGUGGAAAGAAAUUGCAGUUCCAGUAUCAGGCCGGAAGUGGACCAUUGGGAGUCAAUGUGGAGACAAGUUAUCAUCUAAAUGACAACAAUUGGCAUUCCGUGAGUGUAGAGAGAAAUCGCAAGGAGGCACGACUUGUGGUCGAUGGAGCUCUAAAGGCUGAAGUAAGGGAGCCUCCGGGUCCUGUUCGAGCCAUCUAUCUCACCUCAGAGCUAGUCAUUGGAGCCUCCUAUGACUAUCGUGAUGGUUAUGUAGGAUGCAUCAGGGCACUGUUGCUCAAUGGGGAACUUGUUGAUCUCAAGUACCAUGCCAGAAAUGGGCUGUACGGAGUAUCAACGGGAUGCAUGGGCAGAUGUGAGUCCAAUCCUUGUCUCAACAAUGGUACUUGCUUCGAGCGCUACGACGGCUAUACCUGCGAUUGUCGAUGGAGUGCCUUCAAGGGACCGAUUUGUGCUGAUGAGAUUGGCGUCAAUUUGAGAUCCAGCUCAAUGAUCAAGUACGACUUUUUGGGAUCAUGGAGAUCGACGAUUCGUGAGAGUAUUCGAGUGGGAUUCACAACAACCAAUCCCAAGGGAUUCCUCCUGGGCUUCUAUUCCAACUCGUCCAAGGAAUAUCUCACGAUUAUGGUGUCGAAUUCUGGACAUUUGCGUGUUGUGUUUGACUUUGGAUUUGAGAGGCAGGAACUCAUUUAUCCGGACAAACAUUUCGGCCUUGGACAGUAUCAUGAUGUGAAGUUCUCUCGAAAGAAUUCUGGGGCAACUGUUGUGCUUGAGGUGGAUAAUUAUGCACCUCAGGAGUAUGACUUUGAUAUAAAGGAUUCUGCAGAUGCUCAGUUCAAUAACAUUGAGUACAUGUACAUUGGGAAGAAUGAGUCAAUGUCGGAUGGAUUUGUGGGUUGCGUGUCUCGGGUGGAGUUUGACGAUAUCUAUCCACUGAAACUCCUGUUCCAGCAGAAUCCACCGGAAAAUGUUAAAUCCCUAGGAACACCGCUCACGGAGGACUUUUGCGGAGUUGAACCUGUGACUCAUCCGCCAAUUGAGAUUGAAACACGUCCGCCACCGGAAAUUGAUCAAGAUAAACUCAGACGUGCCUACAAUCAAGUGGAUUCAGCCAUUUUAGGCAGUGUCCUGGCCAUACUUUUCCUGUUGCUGCUGAUAAUGGGAAUCCUCAUUGGGCGAUAUUUAGCUCGACACAAGGGCGAGUAUUUGACUCAGGAAGACAAGGGAGCCGAUGCUGCUCUCGAUCCUGAUGAGGCUGUUGUCCACUCAACAACUGGUCACCAGGUGACCAAGAGAAAGGAGUGGUUCAUCUAAAAAAAAAACAAAGAAGGGCAACGACAGAGGAAAGGAAAAAGCCCGCCGUGUUCUUCAUUGCAAUCUCGCUUUUGCCCUUCCUCAAAGUUUUUAAAAACAAAAACCCAGCCAACAGUUUUUUUUUGCGACCAAUGUUCUUCGUAUUUUAAGAUCUUUGAGAGCAGACUUUUGAAAGAAAAAAAGGAAAAAAUAUUCGAUGAAACGAACAAAAGAUUGUGGAGAAAGGAAUGGGAUGAAAGUUCUCCGAUGGAUUUCCAUGUAAAUAUUUUUUUAUUUUUCUCCUUUUUAUUAUUUUUUUUUGUUUUUGUCGAAUAUCUUUUUUUCUUUUCAAAUUUUUUUACCGUCCAUUUUUUUCCUCGUACAUAGAUGUGAAGUUUUGUUUUUUUUCUUAGAUUUAUUUCCUAAAAUAUUUAACAGUUUUAUUUCUUAACAUAAGAUACACGCAAUAGAUGAAGAGAGAUAGUGAGAAAAAAAAGAAGUAUUAGUGAAAGAUAUAAUCACAUUUUUUUUUAUCGAAAUAGAAGAAUAAAACGAAAAAGGGAAAUCAGGAAAUGAUAGAUUAGAGGACUUUAAAUAGGGAUUUUUUUUGUUUGAAUUGAGAAAGGAAAUUUGAACAUUCAGUCUCUACAAUUUUUACUUUGAAUAAUUUUUUCUAUCUUUUUUUAGUGGCAAAAAAUGCACUAAAAAAUUGUCUUUGGGAAUCUUACAAUUUAAAAAUGAAAUCGUGUUUAAAAAAUAAACGUUACAUUCCAAAAAAAAUAAUUGCAUGUUAGAAAUGCUUCCAAUUGUUUUCUUGCUCUUUUUUCUCUUAAAGUUCUUUUUUUCAGUGUUUUUCUUUGUCGUCUGUGAAAUUUUCUUCAACAAGGAUCACUUUCAAAUUUCAAGUAAAAAUCUUACAGCAAUAUUUUUGUAUUUUUAGUAUUUUUUUUUGUUCAAGAAUGUGCUUAAAAAAUUAAAUAUUUUGCUUAAUAAAAAAAACAAGAACGUUCUUGAUAGAAUAUUUUUGUAAAGACGAGAAAACUACUUAACUACAAAAUCUGUGGUGUUAUAGAACUUCAUAAGAGAAGGGUGUGCCUUAAUCUUGAUAAUUAAAAAGAAAAGAAAAAAGAUUUGUAAAAUAAAUCUUGUCUUUACUGGAAGUGAUUCUUGGAUUUAAUUAGGAAUUUUCAAAUGAACUAAAUAGCAAUGUUGGAAGUAUUUUUUCAUCGUUUUUUAAUGUAUUCUCAAAGAACAUUUUCCUUAAAAAGAGAAAAUGCAUGAGAAUUAUGAAUUAAAUAAAAAAUUUCAAUUAUUAAUAACUUCAAAAAAAAAUUGUCUGUCGCGCAUUUCUAGAAUUUUCAGAAAGUCCUUAUCAUUUUUUAUCCUAGGCAAACAAAUUCCCAAAAAGAAAUUCGCACAAAAAAUGGGAAUAAAAUUUAUUAACAAAGAGAAUUGAGAAAUAUUUUUUGUGCAAAAAAAAAUCCAAUUUAUAAAAGAAUAGUGUUCGUCAAAAAUAAGACACUUUAAUUAGUUUUUUUUGUCUUGUAGUUUAAGAAAUACAGAGAAAUCUCAAUUUUUGUACAAAAAAAAAUUAAAUAGAAACUAUGAAGAAAAAAUAAAAAAAAUAUGUAAAAGAA